AUGAAUGAGAUUUACGAAAAGCUGGCUGCUGCGGGACAGCUCGCAACCACUGCCAGGGGGUCGGCCCUCGAAUUCGAUAGUCAUGCUUGUGUCUGCGAAGUGUACGAGCUUUGGGUGCACAAGGACAGCAACGCAGUUACACCACUGUUCCACAAGCUUGAUGCUAGUUUAAUACCCGGAUGGUUGCAGAACGGUACCAGCUCAGAAGCCAAACCGUUGCAUACACUUGCCCUUCGGCUCGUCCUAGUCGCAGUCCAAAAAACGGGGAAUGCUAAGAAGAGGACUUUGAACAUCUCAAAGGAAAUCCAUGACCAAAUUAUCAAGGCCUUUGGGCUGAAACUGGCCCAUGAACAUCUCAAAAGCACAGUCACGAGCGUGACGGCGUUACCAAAGAUCAAAACGGAGUCUAAUUCGGAGCUUUGUUGCUACUCCUUCAACCAUGCUCCCAAGUUGGCUGCGGUGUGGUCGCAGGUGCGCAGCAACGACACAGACGUCGACGCAGACGUCGCCAAUCAAUGCGCAGCUAUCCAAGGCAUCAUAUACGUGUUGGAAGAUGCCGAGGUGAAUGACAAUUCCAGCAAGAAAGCCGACAAAAAAUCAUCUACACCUGGCUUCUCGCCGAAACAGGUGCUACAGGGCUUAUUAGGGUCGCCCUUUUGCGCUGACCUGUAUUCGAGCGCCAUGACCCCGGCACUGCUCUUGGCCAUGCAACUCGGCUUCGAGAUUGAUUUGACGCAAAGCCGCAUCAAAGUUGUCGUUUCAGACAUUGAAGCGAAAACAGGCUACCACAUCUUUGAGAAUAGAGUGGCAGCUUCGGCGCACGCGAGGCUCAGCCAGCUGGCCACGCGGGCCAGCGGUUCAGCCACCAAGCUUGCCAGUAUCGACAGGAAAAGUACGUCCAUGCAAAAGGUGUUGCAUUUCAUCAUCAGGCACUUGGAUAAAGACGCCUCUGCGGCUGGGACUGCCAUGCGCGAUGUGCAACACCUCCUGCGACACCAUGUUGGUGUACUCGAGGAGAGACUCGAGAUGCAGAUGCUAGAUACGCAAUACACCAUGAAACGCGUAGACAUCCAGAUCAAUGCUCUCUUCAACAUGAUGAUGCAGCAAGACAAUGCAAACGGCAUCGAGCUGGCCAAAUCGUCUCACCAAAUUGCGCGCGCCAGCUACCGCGACUCGUCCUCGAUGAAGACGCUCGCCAUUGUCACCAUGUUUUUCCUCCCGGGCAGCUUCGUCUCGGCAAUGUUCUCCAUGCCCAUGUUCAAAUGGGACAAGGCGGACCCCGACUCGUCAUCCAUUGGUGUCGGCCUCUUGCCCCAGUUUGGCCUCUACUGGGCCAUUACGCUGCCGCUGACCAUUGCAACCUUCUUCCUCUAUCUCAUGUGGCUGUGGUACCUCACGCGCCAACGGGAUCGCGAGGUUGGCGUCGUUCCCCUCAAGAGCGUUGAGGGCAGCGAUUGCGAGGAAGGGCAGGAUACUGUCGAGGAACGCUGCAUUGAGAGGAAGAGAAGGCCAAACGACGCUGUAGGGCAGCGUAGUGACGCAUCUAAGAUAUUCGCGGCGCGGAACUUUGUUUCCAAUGUAUGA